GACGCUGGAAGCUGUUGCUGUGUUAAUGCAAAAUGGCGAGAGGAAAGGCUCCUCCCGUUCUCUCCUUAACUCCGCUGGAAGUUCUGCUGUUCCUGAACACCUGGUACUAUGCAGUGUACUUUGUGGCAGAGAUUCUUCUUUUCAUAUACAAAAAUAUUUUUCAAACAACUUGUUCAGCAUUGUUAUUGCAUACCUCUGGAGCAGUUGGAACUUGAACCCGGGCCCCUGGCUCAAAGGUCAGCUGUUACCAUAUACCUCUGCAAAUCUGACUUUGGAUCUAGUGAUGCUGUUUCUGUACCUUGGAGUUGAAAUAAUGAGAAUAUUUUUUGGUUCCAAGGGGAAUCUGUGCCAGCGUAAGGUACCUCUCACCAUUAGCCUGCUGCUUGUUGGACCAUCUACAAUAAUGGCUGUUUAUUAUAUGCUGCUCCAGACCUACGUUCUGAAGUUGGAAGUGACCAUCAAUGCAAUAUUAUUGGUGUUUUACGUUUUUGAACUGGUUCUAUACACUGUGGGUUUGAUAAGUUUCUCGAGUGUAAUCAUCAACGACUGAGAAUCUGCAGAGAUGGAAAGUAUCCGUAACUGAUGAGAUAUUUCUCUACUCUGGCCGCAAAAUAAUUAUAAUCAUUCUAAUGCUAUUUUUGUAAGUGGUUGCAAGUGUUAAGGAUAAUUUUCCAAUAUUUUAUACUGCUUUAUAGUCAGCACUGAGUUUUUCAUUUUGCUCAAUUUAUUUUGUAUUUAUUUUGUCGUUUAUUUCCUCACUUGUCAGCAGUGGAAAGAUGGUUUGAUGUCAAAUACACUUUUGAACCAGCCCUUUUAAGGCAUAUGAGAGCACCCUGUAGAAGUCCUUCUCUCUUGUUCUUUUCUUAUACAGUAAUAUAAUAUUUACUGAAGUUACUUAGCGCAGUUGUGCUUCCACCCUCAUUUACUUCCUUUUCUCUCAUGUCUUCUGAUGACAUUGAAUUCUUUCUCUCUUUUGAGAGAAUAUAUGCACAGUUUUCAUAUUCUUAUCUCGUAGCUUCAAGCCAAUUGACUUCAUCCAGCUUUCACAAUUGGAACUCCAUCCACCAUCAUAAACACUCCUUUCCUUCACCACUGACACACUGUGGUAGCUGCGUGCAUCAUCUAUAAGGCGCAAUGACAACACCUUCCAAACUUGCAAUCUGUACCAUCUAGAAGGACAAGCGCAGCAUAUGCAUGGGAAUGUUAUCAUCUCCAACUUCCCCUCCAACCCACACACCAUCCUGACUUGUAACAAAAUCACUGUUAAUUCACUGUCACUGGGUCAAAAUCCUGGAACUCCAUUCCUAAUACCAUUUUUGUGCCCUAGAUCCCCUGUGGCCUGCAGUGGUUCAAGAAAGUGGCUUACUGCCAAUUUCUGAAGUACCGUUAGAGAUGGGCAAUAAUUAAUCGGCCUGUUCAGUGAUGUCCAGAUCCCAUGAAUGAGUUUAAUAAAAUAAAAUUUAGUUCAUAUAAUAGUGGAUAUUUCUUACCAUUGCUCAAAGUAAAUCAUAUGUUACAAUGUUUGACAGAGAGUAUUAUAUCAGGUAAUGUACAAUGUGAUAUACCACUCCUGGGAAAUGUGUAACUUGGUCUUUCCCUUGAGCAGGCAAAUGUGAAGUGACUUUAUACUACUCUUUAUGCCUCAGUUGUUUUCUGAAUUAAUUCAACGGCACGUUUUGUCUCUUUAACUAAGGAAGGAUAUACUUGCGUAGAGGUAAUGGGCUGAAGGAUAUCGGGUUUGUUCUACAAGAUGAGAAUGUGGAGACUCUGCAUAUAUUCUCAAGAUGAGAAGAUGAUUUCAUACAAGAAAAAAAACUAAAUUCUUACAGGGCUUGACAGGUUAGAUGCAAGAUGGAUAUUUUCCCUGACUGGAGGGACCCAGAAGCAGGGGACAUAGUAUAAGAGGAAGGCCAUUUAGGACUGAGGUGUGGAUUUUCUUCCCUGAGUGUUUUGAUUCUUUAUAAUUCUCUAACCUAGAGGUCUGUGGAGGCUCAGUCAUUGACUAUAUUCAAAACAGAUGGAUACUUUCCUGGAUAUUAAAUAUGUCAAAUGAUACGGUGCUG